AUCAACAUCACUUGUAUGUAUAGAAGAAGUGACCAAAAUGAAGAUGCAGCUCGUCCAAGUAGCUUUUUUCUUAUGCUGCUCUCCAGGUCUCAUGGCGGAUAACAAGUGGUCAAUGACUGUACCUAAAGCUGUCGAACAAAACUUUGGUGAAGAUGCCAUCAUCCCCUGCAGUUUUACAGCUCCAUAUCAAGACUACCAGGGUAAUUUAAAAGCAAUUUGGAGAACAAAAUCACAGGUAAUUUUCCGCUGUGUGAGCAAAGGAAAUCCAUCAGAAAGUGGACAGAACUGCACUGAAUCUAAUGGACGUUACUCAUUAUCUGGUGACCCAAGAAGAAACAACAUCUCACUGAGGAUUAAAAAUACCCUGUUUAUGGAUGCAGAAAGGUAUUUCUGUCGUGUUGAGUUGAAUAAGCAAGGAGGUGCCUACGAGACCAGUACAGGAACCAUCUUAAACAUCCGAGCUGUGCCUCAAGCAUUAGAAAGCAUCUACAUACAAACUCUUCCAACAGGAGAGCAGUUUGUUGCAUGUGAUGUUAAAGGAACACCUCCUCCAACGGUGACAUGGAUCUUUCCAGAGAACAUUAAUGCCUCCCUGGUGUCUGUUCAAAGUAGCCUUUCCAGAGCAUCGUCCACUAUUCCUGCAAAUCUGCCCAACACCAACUACACCUGCCAGAUACAUGGAAAGAAUAGAACGCAGCAUCUCUCAAUUUAUUUCAGAGGAGCUCAGGAGCAACAGCAGCAGAUCCCUUUUCCAUUCUUCUUAGUUGUGACGAUACUUUCUGCAGUUUUCUUCAUUAUUUUUCUGGUCACUUUGGCCGUGUUGUACAAGAAAGGGUCGUCUGAACAUGUGGACACUGCAACACAAAUGAAAAUGAAGAAAACCAAGUAUACAGAAAAAGAUGAAGACGUUUACAUGAAUGUUUAAGCCUAGAUGAUGGGUGGCAUCCAAUAACUCCAGUGCAGCAUUUCCUCUUAUAAAAUAUAAUUUGUCUGUUUGUCUUUGUAUUGUUUGUUUUGUUUUUUUUGUUAUAUUUUAUUUUUUCUUAACUAAAAUAAAGUAAAAUUUGGGACUUUUGAACAAAUAGCAGAUUGUAAAAGGUCAGUAUUCUAUGUUUUGAGCCAAUGUCACUGUUUCUCCUGUCAAAUGUGUGUAAGUUUUUUCUUGUACGUAAAGGUGAAAAAGGAUUAAGCACCAUUUUUGUAGUUACUCAAAUGCUCUUGUGAACAAAAGGCGCUCUGGCUUCUGCCAUUUUAACCACAGAUAAUCUUUACAAUGUAAAACGUAGGAUUUUGAGUGAUAUAAUCAUUUAAAUGAACUCAAAUCUUCAUAUUAGCAUAUUUAAUUUUCCAUGCUGAGUUUAAGAAAUGUAUAUCAAUGCAUGUAUGUUUUUCAAGCACAUGAGUCUUUUUUGGCUGUUAGUGAAGAAUUCUGCCUUUUAAAUCUGUCACACUUGGUAGCAUUUGAUGUGAGAUAAGAAUGCAUCACUAAAUAGUGUCUAUUUUUGUUUAGAUAUUUUUUCUUUCUAUUUUGCUGUGACACAGUUGUGGAAACAUAAUACAUUAUUUUAUGCUAUUGUCAUUUUUGUUCACAUGUUCUUUUUCUAGUGAGUUUUCAUCACACAAUGGGUUACUGAUCUGCAAAACUGCCAGUUUCACCAGUUUAGAUGUAGAGUACUUUGUUUUAUAGCAGUUAUAUUAUAGUGCUAGAGCCAAUUAUUUAACAGUUUCACAACUGUUUUAAAACACAUUUGUCCAAAAUGUUGCCCUUUACUAAUAAAUGCAUUAAUAAAUUCAACAGAUCUAAAAUCUUAAGCUUUA